UGAUAAAUCCACAUUUUCACAGAGAUCCAGACAACACCAGAGAGAAUUAAAUUAUUUUAUAAAGUUUUCAAACUAAUAUGCCACAAAACUACGUUAAGGGCUAGCACCUUUAGAAGCCUGAAACACAUCUGUAGCGACAGCACAGCUGUAUUUGAGCUAUCUGAGUGUGUGUCUUUUGAGAGAGAGAGAGCGAUUCAGGCCAGUCUGACUGGAGCUCCUCAGGAUCUGACUGCAGCUCUGGGACUCUGCCACAGACAUGCACUGAGACCUGACCUGCUCCAAUCUGGAUGGAUCAGAGACUACAGACAAAAUCAUCUCCACCAAAGUUGGAUGUUUUGCUUUGAAGCUUUGCUGGGAAGUGUUACUGUCUUCUGCCAGGUUGAAAUAACCAGACUGGAAUAAUGUCCAUGGACUGGCGUGGAGGUGAAAGGCUUCUUAUAGGCUUGUUUUUGAUGCUCAUCCUGAGGCUCAGCUGCUGUGCUGGACAGAGCUAUGAACGCUGGGAGGCCGGGUCCUCAUGCUAUGGAGGGUUUGACCUUUACUUUGUGCUGGACAAGUCUGGAAGUGUACAGUACCACUGGAACGAAAUCUACUAUUUUGUUGAUCACCUUGCACACAAGUUCAUCAGCCCCCAGCUCCGCAUGUCCUUCAUAGUCUUUUCAACGGAGGGAAGAAUCCUGAUGAAGCUGACAGAAGACAGGGAUCAGAUUAGUGCUGGACUGGAGGAACUUCAGAGAGUCUUGCCAGGAGGGGAUACCUUCAUGCACAAAGGUUUUCAGAGGGCAAGCGAGCAGAUAUACUAUGGAACAGGUGAUGGAUACCGCACAGCGAGUGUCAUCAUUGCUCUGACAGAUGGAGAAUUGCGCGAGAAUGAAUUUGACUUGGCAGCCAGAGAGGCUGGUCGCUCACGUCAGCUGGGAGCUUCUGUGUACUGUGUUGGAGUGAAGGACUUUAAUGAAACCCAGCUGGCAACUAUAGCUGACAGCAAAGAUCACGUCUUUCCUGUUAAUGAUGGCUUUGAAGCCCUGCAAGGGGUCAUUGAUUCGAUCCUGAAGAGAUCCUGUAUAGAAAUCCUCGCCGUGGAGCCCUCAAGUAUUUGUGCAGGAGAAUCUUUUGAAGCAGUAGUUCGAGGAAACGGAUUCCUUCACGCCCGUGAUGUGAGCAGAAUCCUUUGCAGUUUCCGUAUCAACAACACCCUCACCGUGAUGAAGAGGCCUCUGGUUGUCGAAGACACGUACCUGCUCUGCCCAGCACCGGUACUGAAGGAGGAGGGAACGACUGCCUCCCUCCAUGUCAGUAUGAACAACGGCCUGAGUUUUAUCUCCAGUUCUGUGACCAUCACCACUGUGAGCUGUGUGAGUACAGUAACCCUGCAGGGCAGCAGUGCCAAUCCCACUACCACUGUUACACUGGGCAGAGCCACUGCCAGUACCACUACACUGGGCAGUACCUCUAGUUCAGCUCCAUCUGCAGUCUGCCCUCUGAACACAACCGACGGAACGUUCUUGGCCAUAGCGCUGCUGAUACUGCUGCUGCUGAUCGCUAUGGCAACACUCUGGUGGUUUUGGCCCCUCUGUUGCACAGUGAUUGUCCAUGAGCCACCGCCACCAGUCAUGGACGACAGUUCGGAUGAAGAGGAUGAAGCCUACCCAAAGAAGAAAUGGCCAACAGUGGACGCCUCGUAUUACGGUGGGAGAGGAGCUGGAGGCAUUAAAAGAAUGGAAGUGCGCUGGGGAGAUAAGGGAUCUACUGAAGAAGGAGCCAAACUGGAGAAGGCAAAGAAUGCUCGGGUGAAGAUGCCAGAGCAAGAGUUUGAGUUUCCGACCACUCGGACUCUAAACAAUGGCAUGCGGAAACCCAUCUCCCCUCAGAAGUGGUACUCGCCAAUCAAGGGGAAACUGGAUGCCCUGUGGGUGUGGCUUAGGAGAGGAUAUGACCGCGUAUCUGUGAUGAGACCUCAGCCGGGAGAGAAGGGUCGCUGCAUGAAAUUUACCCAUGUGAAAUCCUGCCCACCCCCUCGAUACCCGCUUUACAACAACCCAUCAAGCCACAUCUACACCCUCCCCCACAGCAGAUGCCCUCCUGUCCCGCAGGGCACCCUACCGCCCACCCCACGCUACUCCGCCCACUCUCCAACCUCCACUCUGCCCCCUCUGCCAUCAACCCCGCCCCCAGCAUCCAUAACCCCUCCCCUUUACACACCACCUCCAACCAGAGCUCUUCCUCCUACCUGUCUGAACAUCAGUGUGACUCUGCCUCCUUCUCCGCCCACAACACCACCACCAACAAGCUUCCUGCCUCCGCCCCCUCUGGCGGCUCCGCCUGGACGAGCCCCGCCCCCUUCUCGUCCACCACCUCGCCCAGGCCCGGAUGAACCACAGUGCUACCAUGACUGAGCAGAAGUGAUUUGCACAAUUAAAACUGAUGGUUACACCGGUACAAAAAUUAAGGGCUACAUUUUUCAGGCAUUAGAAAGAAGCAACGUGAUUGUUAUAAAUGCAAUGACUGAUUUAACGUGGCUGUUACUGUAUUAUUGCAUACUGGAUUCUGAUUAGGUUGACAAACAUUCUAAGACGUUGAUUUUCUAAAACUGCACAUCUAUGAAGUAGCUCGAGGUUUGUUGAUUUUCAAUAUCACCUUGCCCUGUUCUUUAUGAAUUGUUUUGAGGUUUCAGAGUAACAGAAUGUCAAAGAGAGUGAGGUUUUAAAAUGAAAAACUUUACAUGUAUUUGAUUUGCAUAGAAAAUUUCCAUCCAUUCGGAUUACACAGUUCACAUAUAAACUUAAUGCGAUGCAUAUUCAUCAGUCAUUCAAAAAUAGGAUUUUUGCAACAGCACUAAUAAACGAAUUGAUUUUACACCAUAGCCAGUUUAUAAAUAAAUGAUUCUCUAAUUUUGAUUAUUUGAAUAUUGCUUUUUGCAUAGCUAGCCGUAUUUCAUCCUUUUUUUUUUAAAGGAACACUCUACUUUUUUUGGAAAUAGGCUCAUUUUCCAACUCCCCUAAAGUUAAACAGUUUUACAGUUUUUGAAUCCAUUCAGCUGAUCUCCAGGUCUGGCGGUAACACUUUUAGUUUAGCUUAGCAUAGAUAAUUGAAUCUGAUUAGACCAUUAGCAUCUUGUUCAAAAAUGACCAGAGUUUCUAUAUUUUUCCUAUUUAAAACUUACUCUUCUGUAGUCACAUCAUGUACCAAGACCGACAGAAUAUGACUAGGAACUAUAUCUCAUUUCAGCGUAAUAAUCAAGAAACUUUGCUACCAUACCAUGUGUGCAGCAGGCUCAGUGAUAUUAUGCAGCGCCUGAAAAUAGUCCCCAGCAACUCUGCUAUUGCUGCAACUACACAAACUAGCUGGGGACUAUUUUCAGGUACUGAGUAAUAUCAUAAGUAUUCUUUUAAGUGAAUGAACGGAAUUGUUUUAUACUGUUUCUAAACAAAUUUAAUAAAAGCAUUUUGAAUUGAUUAUUAAAUAAAAUCAAAAAGAUGCAAAUAAUAAAUAAUUAAAUUAUUUUAAAACUGUGUUUUAGUUACAUUUUAAAUAAACAGAUUUUUAAUUUAGGCCUUUUUGAGGGUGGAAACAGACAUUGGAACAUUAAAUAACUGAAGACUAAUGUGUAUUAAUAUUCAACAACUCGAUGGUCUAUUGCCAUAUUUGAAUGCCUAAUGGCUUCAUCGUUCAUAAAAAAUUAUUUUGCAAAUGAUUCACAUUGGAUUAUUAUUAGCAUCUUAACGUAGCUUUGCAAAAAUAUUAUAAAGGUUUAAAGGAGACACAUCAGUAGUAUCGAUUCUUCAGUACUUGAGAGAUCAGGUUCAGCUUUGAUGCUUUUUGAAUGUCAGGAAAACAUCUGCAGGAUAAAACAUUCAAGUGAAUGCAAGAAUGGAACGAACCAAUGACAAAACCGAUCAAAGAGUUCUUCGGUCCAUAGUCCUAAAACCCAGAAGAGAAUUAGCACGUCCAUAAAUUCCCCAGGGAAUUUCCAGUGGGAGUUCAGAAAAGUGGUUGUGGAUGAGAGUAAAAUAAAGCCUGUGUUAACAUUUGAAGAGACUUUCACAUUGUCCAAAAUACAGUGCACACACAUCGAAUACGAGCAUGUGAGUUUAUGUGCUUGUUGAAGAAUAUCGGACAAUUGUGGUAGUCCUUCUAUAACACAGGAAAAGAUUCAAGUUAACCACGGACCAUAUUUCACUUACAAACUGAAAAUAGCUCCACGUAAAACCCAUUAGAAACUCCAGAAUUAGCCUACACAUUGACAUCUUGAUGUCAUGACUGAUGCAUCAGAAAAUGAAUGCGGGUGACAUUUCAGUGUUAUGAUCUGGCUGAACGUUUGCAGAACAAUGCAGGCUUUUGUUUUGUACUGUAUAUAUGGAUGCUUUCUAAACAGCUGUGCUAACAACAUCAGUAUUCAUGAGUAAAAAUUCAUGAGGUGCUUUAUGAUUUUUAAUUUAAAAUGUCUUAUGUUCUGUUGUUUGCAAGUGAUGCAUUUAAAGGCAUAGUUCAGUUUCUUUCUUCUGUAGAACACAGAAUGAUUCCUGUAUAUCUGUUAAAGAAUGUCAUACAGGUUUGAAAUGGCAUGACAUUAAGCAUCACAGAAUUUGUAAUAAUGCUUCAAACUAUUCCUUUAAGCGUACAGCAGUUGUUGUUUUGCUACAUUUAAAUACUCUGUCUCUUCUUUUCCAUUGAACAGUGAUUUUUACUUCUCAUUCUGGGUUGAAAAGCUUGUGUUUGAGCUGUUACAGAUGUUCAGUGUGUGUCAGGCUAUUCCAUUUUAACGAAGAGCAUGUUUUACACGCUUUAAUUAAACGUUGGAAUUUGUA